AUAUAUACAUUAAUUUCUCACAUAUUGAAAUUCGCAAGAAAUAUUCAAUUUGAGUUUCGUCUUUCUGUUUUGGUCUAUAAAAGUUUGCUUCAUCUUCUCUGUUGUUAAGCGUAAGGCUAUGGCAGUGGACGAAGAAUCUCCGUUGAAGCUCUACUCAUUCUGGGCCAGCACUUGUGCCCAACGUGUUCGAAUUGCCCUCAACCUAAAAGGGCUAAACUUUCAGUACAAAGCUGUUGAUUUAUUGAAGGGAGAGCAUUUGGCUCCUGAGUAUCUAAAGCUCAAUCCCGUUGGUUUUGUACCUACUCUUGUGGAUGGGGAUGUUGUUAUUGCUGACUCUUUUGCUAUAAUAAUGUAUUUGGAGGAAAAGUAUCCUCAGCGUCCUUUGCUGCCUACUGAUCUUGUUAAAAGGGCUAUUAAUCACCAGGUUGCAAAUAUUGUUUCUUCAAGCAUACAACCUCUUCAAAAUUUAAUUGUUGAGAAAUACCUUGAGGAAAAAUGUGGUACUGAGGAGAAACUUUCUUGGAUUCACAUGAUCAUUGGAAAAGGUUUUUUAGCACUAGAAAAGUUGCUGACAGUUGAAGCUGGAAAAUUUGCUACUGGAGACCAAAUUUAUCUGGCAGACUUGUUUUUGGCACCUCAACUUCAUCGGGCCAUUGAAACAUUCAAUGUUGAUAUGUCCAAGUUUCCAAUUCUAUCAAGGUUGUACGAAGAAUACAAGAAGAUAGCAGCAUUUGAAGAUGCAGCACCAGAAAACCAACCCGAUGCUCCCUCUCAAAACUGAGAUUUUAUAAAGUUUAGCUAAAUUUAACAAUAUAGUACUUAUUCAUUUUAGGUGUUUUGGUGGUUGUUGUCGUCGAUGUUUUUGCCAGUUUAAUUAUAGUAUUUAUAUUUGAUGAUGGAAUGUGAUGCGUAGUGUGGUUAAUUAAUAAGAAUAUUGUAAAUGAAAUAAGGGAUCGAGGAAUUAGGGUAUUAUAUAUUCUUCUUCCGUCCAUUGACGCUAUCA